UGCGUAACAUUUUGCACGUCUUAUUUUGUGGCGCUUGGAAAUUUAUCUGACAUGUCAAGUCACUUUUCGCCUUAUGGUAUGUGAAUUGUUACAUGAGGAUUUAACUGGUUGUUUUGUCUAUCUCCUUUUAGCUCUUCACAACGUGAUGACUGAUUGUUUCACUGAAUAAUCCAAACUCUGCUCAUGACUUAUUUCGGCCCGUGGCUCGGACAGUAUACCCCUGAAUCCUAUUCGGCCGUUGCUUCUGGGUCUCUAUCCCUAACGGUUCUACUGGACCUAAUAUGGCUCUCCAUUAACGCCCCUCCAUCGAUCCAUUUCAUUUGGUCUUCCCUUAUUCUGUUGUCCGUUUUGUUUGUGAUCUGGCUCAUUUCCUUGCGCUUUGGACCCGCUGGUGUGUUCAACCAUGCCAUGCACUUUUGGUUCGGUUAUUGCGUGUGCUGCUUGAUGCAUUUUGCUAGCCUGCAUGUGACUGUCACACAGUCUCUUUUGCCGGUUUUAAGCACAGUUUUGCGUGCUUUCGCCUUACUCGGAUGCUUUGUCUAUGAGGUCUUCAGUUAUUCCAAUCUUGUUCAGUGCCAUUCACUUGAGGCAACCCUGUGGUUCGGUUUUAGCUGUGGGUCUUUUUUACAUGCCAAUAUUUGGCGACCGCUACAGAUCAACUGCGUGCUUUUGGUUUAUUGGUUCGUGCUUCGGCAGCGGUCCUUCCUUUGCAUCAUUUUGCUUCUUUCCCAAUGUGUUUACUGGUUUCUGUUCUCCAUCCCCAGCUGGUCCCACCCAACGAAUGAAACUGAUGUUGUAUCCGAAUUUCAACUUCCCAAAGUGUCCAGUUCGUUCUACUACCUUUCCAGUUGUGUUCCCUUGUUUAUUGUUUACAUUCUUUACUUUCUGCGAUUCAAUUUCAUUCCUGGGAUGUUCUUUUGUCGCGACUUAGUAACACGUUGGUUAUCUAUGAUUCUCUCUUCGCAUUAUUUGCGUACUUCCAUGAUCCUCAUGACCGUUUUGCUUCAAUUGUCUUUUUUCGUAUGCUGCGCAAUAUCUGUCAGGCUUAAAGGAUUUUAUCUAUUGUUGAUUCCUGUGAUUAUUUGGGUUUUCUUUGUAUGGCUGUCGCUACAUUGCGUCGUCUAUAUAUCGCUUUGGCAUCUGAACAGAAAGGUAACGCAGUGUGCCGCUGCUCACCAGUCCUUGGAACAGCACAAUUCAGAUCUUCUGCGCAUUGGCGCUGCGCAUGGCAUUAGGCAUCUGGUCCUCGUCUCCGAAAGUUCCUAUACCGGCGGCAUUCUAUUCACCAUACUGCUCAUGAUAUGCGUAGCUCACCCAAAGGGACUGCUCGCCUUUAGGUUGUUUGAACUUUGCGUCCCAGUCGAAUUGUGCCUAUGCAGUGUGUUCUACGAGCUAGGUCGCAUUUUGGGCGGUACGGCAGCGGGUCAUGGAUUAAUUAUGCAGCAACUUUCUAGCGACUUGCUCCGUGACGUGCAUGGUGUGGUCAUACCUCAGUCAAAGCAACUUUUGUCGAUUUCCUCGCAACGAUGCUUUGAUAUCACGCAACUUCUACGAACAUUCUUUGAAGAGUUCUCAGUGCGCGCUUACGAUUGUGUGUACUCUUCUGGUAGCAACACCAGUCAAAGUCUUAUGACGGCUAGCGAACCAGACGGCGAGAAUACGCCAGUAACAUCUGGACGGUCAAGAGUAAUGCACAGUCUGAGCUGUUUCUUUCGACAGCGAUUGCCAGAGACCGGUGUCAGAUUCGAUACAUACAUUCUGUAUCACAGUGGCCCGACGAACCAGGAUGGUGACUGGAUAUGCCAAGCCUUGUUUUCACUUUGUUUAUUUGAAUCUUUGAUAGAUGGCACAGUUGUUGAUUUGCAGUCCAUCCUUGAGCUGUGGAACGACGUUUUCGUGGAAACUAACACUCCUCCUAGCCGUUGUCGACUUCUCUUGGUCGUUGAUAGCUUGAACACCUUCUCUUGGUAUAAAAGAUUGAUGAAUUUGGAGACACCUCUUUCGGUCGCCUUGCAGACCGUUAUAAUCUCGCGCGACGCGAAUACCGCAUCCACUGGUUUCCUCAGCUGGAUUACAUCGGGUUUAUUCCAAUCGGAUGCGGCUCGGCGGGCAUCUCUGUUAAAUGAUGUGGAACAAAUUGGAAAGUUCACUGAUUUUUGGGUUUCGUGGAACCUCAGUUUAGGCAAACGCUCAUCAACCCGGGGAGUAGCUGACAACACGGUACGACCUAGACGUCCGGCAGCUUCUAUUCGACCUUCUCUGCAGGCAGUCUACACAACCACUAGUAACUGGGUCAACUACACUCCGUGCAAACCAUCUUUUGAGGAGAUGAAGAAUUGUUGGCAAAAUCAUUUUCCUCGUAUUACUUGGGAAUACUUUGAACUGUUCAUGCAAGAACCCAUGGACGUAGUUGACUCUGACAAGGCUAGUUGUUGGUCUCGCUUCUUCGACCUUCUUUCCCGGUACGCCAAUCGCGCUUCCAGGGGGAUUGUUCGCCUCUAUAGACGAGUGUUUCGCAAUCUCCAUCCACCUGAACUUGACACAGGCCUUGGUUUCUUUUUAAUUCGGAAGUCAUUCUAAUUCAGUCACGUCAUCUUCACGGAUAUUUUUUCAUGACUACUAAUUUUUGUCAUCCGUCACAGAGCUGUUGUCUUUUCCCAUGUUCCUGCCUUCCUUAAAAUACCUAGAUUUUAUCGAGCUGCGAUUCAUCUCUUCAUGCUUUUUAGUAACGAGUGAUCGCGUUCGCUUACAAUGUAGCGUUCUUACUCGCCUUCCUUACCUGAGUCAUUUAUUACGGUUGGGGAAUAUUUGCCUCGGGAACGUGUAAAACAGUUCGCUCUUUUUCACUUAACUCCGCGGUUUUGAGAUUGGCAGUCAG